GCGAGGGUGGGAGGCGAGAGAGGAGGGCCGGCCGGCCCCGGGAGGCAGAGUGGGGAGAAGUGAGCCCUGGGACCCCCCUGGCAACACUAAAGGGGACCCCGGCGAGUGGGAACCCCCCGGAGCCGCAAGACCCCCAGCAGCCCGGAGAAGGGGGACCCCCAAUGCAGGCAGAAGUGCCAUCAGGCCAGACAGGGGGGACCCCCAAAUCCCAGAGAGCAGAGAGGAGGAAUUCUGGGAGGGGAUUUUGGGCUGAAUGUUGGUGUUUUGGGGGUUUUUAUGGGCACAAGUUGCCCGGUGAGUCCUAGAGCUGGACUUGGGCAGGAGGAACCCCCAAGGCAACGCGCUCACACCUUGUUUUUCCCCCCCAUCAGGAUUUCUGCUUCCCAAAGCUUGGGCGGAUGGAGGAGGAGGCUGCGAGGAAGAGGAAGAUGCCGCGGGCCCCCCAGGCAGGCCCCGAGGUGAGGACGGAGAGCGCGGAGGACAAAUCCCGGCGGCAGAGCCUGGUGGGAGAGGCCGUUUUGAAGGGCUCCCCGGCGCAGGAAGGCAGCGGGGAGGAAAAGGGCCGGAGAUGCCCCCGCAGGAGGGGCUGCAAAGCCAGCCCAGGGGGCUGUGAGGAGGAAAGAGCCAGCGUGUGCCGGGAAGGCGGCCGGAGCUUGAGGCGGAGCUGCGAGCUGGUGGUCCCUGAGCAGCCUCCCAGCAGGGAAAAGCCCUUCAGGUGUUUGGAAUGUGGGAAGAGCUUCAGCAAGAGAACCAACCUCCAGAGGCACCAGCACAUCCACAGUGGGGAACGGCCCUACAUGUGUGGGGAGUGUGGAAAGAGCUUCAAUCAGAGCUCCAACCUGCUCCAACACCAGAUGAUCCACAGUGGGGAAAGGCCCUACAUGUGUGAGGAGUGUGGGAAGAGCUUCAGUGACCGCUCCACCCUGCGCACCCACCGUCGCACCCACAGUGGGGAACAGCCCUACACGUGUGGGGAGUGUGGGAAGAGCUUCAGUGACCGCUCCAACCUCCGCAACCACCGUCACAUCCACAGUGGGGAACAGCCCUACACGUGUGCGGAGUGUGGGAAGAGCUUCAGGAAGAGCUCCACCCUCCACAAUCAUCGACGCAUCCACAGUGGGGAACGGCCCUACACGUGUGGGGAGUGUGGGAAGAGCUUCAGUGACAGCUCCACCCUCCGCAACCACCGUCGCAUCCACAGUGGGGAAAGGUCCUACACAUGUGGGGAGUGUGGGAAGAGCUUCAGGCAGAUCUCCAACCUGCUCCGACACCAGAUGAUCCACAGUGGGAAAGGCCCUACACGUGUGCGGAGUGUGGGAAGAGCUUCAGGGACAGCUCCAGCCUUUGCAAACACCGUUGCAUCCACACCAGGGAAUGGCCCUACAAGUGCUUGGAAUGUGGGAAGAGCUUCAGCACAAGCACCAAGCUGCUCAGCCCCCAGC